AUUCCAAGAAGGCGCGAGCGGCAGCCUCACACGCGAGCGCCACGCGAGGCUCCGAAGCCAACCGCGGAGGGCGGAGGGCGGGAGGAGGAGGCGCAGAGGGAGGCGGACGCGCACUGGCACCUGCUCCGCUCGCGCUCCGAGGAGUCUCCCGGGGGCUUGGCAUUUUCUGAAAACUUCUCCCGAGGCGCCCUCUCCACCUCUCCCCGUCCUUCCCUCCGCAGCCGCGCCCCCGAGUCCGGCCCGCGUGCCCCGCGCGCGCCCCGCUGCUGUGCGCGCAUGGAGAGCUCGGCCCAGAUGGAGAGCGGCGGCGCCGGCGCGCAGCCCCAGCCGCAGCCCUUCCUGCCGCCCGCAGCCUGCUUCUUCGCCUCGGCCGCCGCGCAGAGCGCGCAGCCCCCGCCGCUGAGCCCGGCGGCCGACGGCCAGCCCUCAGGGGGCGGUCACAAGUCGGCGCCCAAGCAAGUCAAGCGGCAGCGCUCGUCCUCGCCCGAGCUGAUGCGCUGCAAACGCCGGCUCAACUUCAGCGGCUUCGGCUACAGCCUGCCGCAGCAGCAGCCGGCCGCCGUGGCGCGCCGCAACGAGCGCGAGCGCAACCGCGUCAAGCUGGUGAACCUGGGCUUCGCCACGCUGCGGGAGCACGUCCCCAACGGCGCGGCCAACAAGAAGAUGAGCAAGGUGGAGACGCUGCGCUCCGCGGUCGAGUACAUCCGCGCGCUGCAGCAGCUGCUGGACGAGCACGACGCGGUAAGCGCCGCCUUCCAGGCGGGCGUCCUGUCGCCCACCAUCUCCCCCAACUACUCCAACGACAUGAACUCCAUGGCCGGCUCCCCGGUCUCGUCCUACUCGUCCGACGAGGGCUCUUACGAUCCGCUCAGCCCCGAGGAGCAAGAGCUGCUGGAUUUCACCAACUGGUUCUGAGGGGCUCGGCCUGCUCAGGGCCUGGGGCGAGCAGACUUUGGAAGCAGGGUGAACCGCACAAGCUGCAUCUUUAGUGCUUUUCCUGUCGGCGACAUUGGGAGGGGAGAAAACAAUAAAUAAAGGAAGAAAACACACAUACACAAAAACAAAAACAGGCAGCCAACCCCAACGCCCACUCGUCCACACAUGCCCAAGAGGCCAGGCUUUCACAGAAUAAGGAUGCGCUCAGAAUAGUGUCUUGCAGUGCAAGUAUCCACCGGGAUAAGAAGCAGCGACUGGUACCCGGGUGUGCGCAAGAGGCGGCUCGCCGGCCCAGGCGGUGGUCUCCGCGACAGGAGCUGUCCGCGCUCCUCAGAACUCCCCUCUACCGCCACUAGGCAGGGCUGGGCCCCCCAGCUCCGUGCCUUCACCUCGCGCCCUCUCUCAAAGCGAGCGGAGGGCGCAGCCCUCUACAAACGGGUUGUCUUUUGAUCUCAGUAACCCGGCCCAGUCAAGCUGUGGACAUUGGUCUGCAGUGAAGCUAUGCUCGACUCACUGCCCUGAAAACCCCUCCCUGACCCCCACCUUGCCUCUCCGGCCGUCUUUUCUACGGUUUUCAUCAUAGAAUGCUUCCAAUCUUUUGUGAAUUUUUUUUAUUAUAAGAAAAAUCUAUUUGUAUCUAUCCUAACCAGUUUGGGGAUAUAUUAAGCUAUUUUUGUACAUAAGAGAGAAAGAGAGAGAAAAAAUUUAUAGAAGUUUUGUACAAAUGGUUUAAAAUGUGUAUAUCUUGAUACUUUAACAUGUAAUGCUAUUACCUCUGCAGACUUUAGCUGUGUAGUUCACCUUACAAUUGCCAUUUCCCCUAUGUGGUUUUUGUAAAGAAUUCUCCUCAUAGGUGAGAUCUAAAUGCCGCCAGAUGUACUUCAGCACCAAUGUGUCUUACUUUAUAGAAACGUUGUUAAUGUAUUAAUGAUGUUAUUAAAUCCCGUUCAUGAAGAACAAAGUUUAUUCAGCUACUGUCCAAACGAAGAGUGGCAGCCAGAUGGUUUUGAUAGGUUGCCUUUUGGAAAUUUCUACCACUGCCUUUUUUUUUUUUCUUACUGUUUUAUUACAAACUUACAAAAAUGUG